CAUCAACUAAGAAUCAGACUUUUUCGACUUGUUAGAUUGCUCAUCAUGUUUGUUGUAUUGCUCUUCUAUUGCACUAUAUUAGAUUAUAGAAACAAGAUCUAUUUGGAUUUCAUAAAAGAAAGUGAUAAUUUAGUGUCUCUUCGUGAUCAAAUUCGUGAAUGUGACAGAAUCUUGUUACAGAUGGAAACUCUCCUCGGUGGAUUUCAAUUGGCAGAAUCAAAAUUGGCAAAGUUUGUUGAAGACAUCAUUGUCCCUCCAAGGAUGGUUGGCAUAGUCAUUGACGGAGAGGUCAAUGAUGAAUACAUGAGAACUCUUGAGAUUCUGAGUAAGAAGCUGAAGUUUGUAGAAGUGGAUCCUAUGGUCAAAGCUUCAAAAGCUCUGAAAGAUGUUCAACCUGAGCUAGAAAAAGUUAGGCAGAAAGCAAUUUCAAAGGUGUUUGACUUCAUUGUUCAGAAGCUUUAUGCAUUGAGAAAACCCAAAACAAAUAUCCAGAUCCUUCAACACAGUGUUCUUUUAAAGUACAAUUGAGUAGAAUCUAAAUACAGUGCUUAAUAGGUCUUAUGGGACAUUAGAAUUUUAUAUAAUUUUAUCAGAUUUACUUUCAUCUUUCAUCUUUUUUUUUUUUUUUUUUUGG